GAGAUCGAAUUGCCAAUGAUGACAGCAUACCAGACCUUCAGGCCUGGGUGAGCACUCUUCGUGGGCAACAUGCUCAAGACAACCCUCACCUGGUGAAGUGCUUGGCACGCGCACUGUGCUUAUCCAAAAGUUCUACGUCAGCCUGCGAGCGGGAUUUUGGAAAUUUGAUCGAGACCUUUCGAAAGAUGCUGGCAAGUCCAUUGCUCAAGGAAAUGCACCUGCGAGUUACCAACUUCCUGAAGCUGGAGCCAGACCAAACCCAUGAAGUCGUCAGGAGAGCCCGAGCAAUUUGGAAUGAAGGCUACUUGGCAGAUCGCCUAUCAGGAUCAAAGCGCUCUGAGACUGGCAACUUUGUGUCUGGAAUCAAGCUGCAGCAGAAGAGACAAGCUAAAGACCCAAUGCAGAGCCAGGCAGCCUGGGUCAAACGGCGACGCUUGGAAGUGAACAAGAUUGCAUCGGCCAUGCCUGAUCAACCAGCAGGGCAACCUCCUGUAUUGCCCGCAGCAGCUAAGAAAGCGAUUGCCAAGAUGGGCCAAGUAGUGAAAAAACGUCGCUUCGAAGCCCAGAAACUUGGAAUCUUGCAGAAGGAUGAAAAGCUGCCCGACAAUGAGUACCAACAAGUCUUGAAGCCAGCGAAAAAAAGCAGCGAGUUGGAACGUGAAUUUGCAAGUCGCAAGUUUCCUUCUCUGAAAUCGAGGCCUACCUUUGUGUGGACAACUGCGGAGGGCGUGCGAGAAAAACUUGCCCUUCUUGGAGCUGAAUUGGUCGACGCUUGGGGAGAGGCUACAUGCCAUGUGGUCGACUGCUUCAAUGAACCGGGACAACGGGUGACUUGGGCAUCCAAGCUCAAUGGGCAUUUGAUCAUCACAAAGCGGUUGUCCAAAGGGCCCUGGAUUGAGAAACUUGGAUGA